AACGCACUGCACCUUAAAAACUUAAACCUUCUCACACUCGCUCACUCAGAUCCAAUCUACCUAAAAACCAUCCCCUCAAUCUCCGAGAGACACAGAGAUGGAAUUCUGCGGCGAUGGAUUUGAUGUGGUGGUUGUGGGUGCAGGCAUCAUGGGCAGCUGCACUGCCUAUGAACUAGCAAAAAGAGGUCACAAAACUCUUCUACUAGAGCAGUUCGAUUUCUUACACCACCGUGGAUCAUCACAUGGCGAGUCACGUACAAUACGAGCAACGUACCCAGAGGACUAUUACUGUGCCAUGGCCAUGGAAUCCUCCAAACUUUGGGAGGAAGCGCAGUUAGAAAUCAACUUCAAGGUUUAUUUCAAAGCCCAGCAAUUCGAUAUGGGGCCAUUAGAUGAUAAAAGUCUUCUUUCCGCUGUAUCCAGCUGCCAGAAAAACUCGGUUCCCCAUCAGGUUCUCGACAGUCAACAAGUGGCAAAGAAAUUUUCCGGCAGAAUUAAGCUGCCGGAGAACUGGAUUGGAAUAUGUACUGAGCUUGGUGGGGUAAUAAAACCCACAAAGGCAGUAUCAAUGUUCCAAGCACUCGCAUCUCGAAAGGGUGCAAUUUUAAGGGACAAUAUACAAGUGAAUAACAUAGUCAAGGAUGGGGUGAAAGGAGGGGUAUGGGUGUCCGCUGCUAGUGGUGAAAAGUUUUGGGCCAAAAAGUGUGUUAUUACAGCAGGGGCUUGGGUCAGAAAGCUAGUUAAAACCGUCAGCGGCCUUGAAUUACCUAUACAAGCUCUGGAGACCACAGUGUGUUAUUGGAGGAUUAGGGAAGGCCAUGAGGCUGACUUUGCUAUAGGAGGUGAUUUCCCUACAUUUGCUAGCUACGGCCAACCUUACAUAUACGGCACACCGUCUUUAGAGUUUCCGGGUUUGAUCAAGAUUGCUGUGCACGACGGCUACCCAUGUGAUCCGGACAAAAGACCAUGGGGUCCUGGCAUGUCGUUGAGUUCUUUGAAGAAAUGGAUUGAAGGGAGGUUUUCAGGGCUGGUUGAUUGUGGCGAGCCAGUUGCUACUCAAUUGUGCAUGUACUCAAUGACCCCAGAUGAAGAUUAUGUGAUAGAUUUUCUAGGAGGGGAGUUUGGUAAGGAUGUGGUAAUCGGCGGUGGAUUUUCAGGCCAUGGAUUCAAGAUGGCCCCCGUGGUAGGACGGAUGUUAGCUGACAUGGCCCUUUGCGGGGAGGCUAAAGGAGUGGACCUCAACUACUUCAGGAUACAAAGAUUUCAACAGAAUCCAAAAGGGAAUGUCAAGAAUUUCGAACAUCAAGUUGGCUUCUCUGCCAAUAACAAGUCGAUUGUUCAGUAAAUAUGAAGCAAUAGGCCAUUUAUUAUCUUUAUUUUGUUAUGACGGUGUACUCUUUUAUCUUAUAUCCAUCAAAAUUAAACCUUUCGAUUCAA